AUGCUCCGUGGAUGUAAACAUGUUGUAGGCCGCCGCCGUCUGUCUGCGCUGAGCUGAGCUCUGCAGACAUCAGUGUGUACACGUAUUACAGGCUGCAUGGGGCUGGACCAGGACUCAAUGGGAACUAGCUAGCUAACUCAACACGGGCUAGCUUUUCAAGUGGAAACAAAGCUAUGCUAACUUUGAAAGCUAAUGUAUCCGGGUAAAGUGUCGGAAAGCCGGUGUGUUUCUUCUAAGAGUGGGACUAUACACUUUGGUGCAUGGGAAGCAGACGACGGUUGCUGCGGCUGCUUAGAAACGCUUCAAGGUAUGAAGGAGGCUCUGGGUUUGUUCGGGCUCUGACUAACUUCUGGAUUGAAACUCAUAAAACCACUUGGAAGUUAUCACUAUCAGCUCAUGUGAAUGGUGGCGACAGACAAGGUUGCUGGUAAGCUGAGUUCUACUCUCUCAUGGGUGAAGAACUCGGUGUCCCACACGGUCAGUCAGAUGGCUAGCCAGGUGGCCACGCCCACGUCCCUGCCGACCACCGCCACCUCCUCUUCCACGUCUCUGUCCUCACCCGCCCUCUCGCCAUCCUCACCGGCGGCGCUCACUCCCGACGAUGUGGAGCUGCUUGCCAAGCUCGAAGAGCAGAACAGGCUGCUAGAGACGGACAGCAAGUCGCUGCGCUCCAUGAACGGCUCCAGGCGAAACAGUGCCUCCUCCCUUGUGUCCAGCUCCUCUGCCUCCUCCAACCUCUCCCACCUCGAAGAGGACUCGUGGAUCCUGUGGGGACGAAUCGUCAAUGAGUGGGAGGACGUGCGCAAGAAGAAGGAGAAGCAGCUUAAGGAUCUUGUCAGAAGAGGGAUUCCUCACCAUUUUCGGGCGAUAGUGUGGCAGCUGCUGUGCAACGCCCAGAAUAUGCCCAUCAAGGAUCAGUACUCCGAACUCCUGAAGAUGACGUCCCCCUGCGAGAAGCUGAUUCGCAGAGACAUCGCCCGCACUUAUCCCGAACACGAAUUCUUCAAGGAGAAGGACAGCUUGGGCCAGGAGGUGCUCUUCAACGUCAUGAAGGCAUAUUCUCUGGUUGACCGAGAAGUUGGUUAUUGUCAAGGGAGUGCAUUCAUUGUAGGACUGCUACUCAUGCAGAUGCCAGAAGAGGAGGCUUUCUGUGUGUUUGUGAAGCUGAUGCAAGACUACAGAUUACGAGAGCUCUUCAAACCCAGUAUGGCUGAGCUGGGACUCUGCAUGUACCAGUUUGAGGUUAUGAUCCAGGAGUUUCUCCCGGAUCUGUACAUGCACUUCCAGGCUCAGAGCUUUCACACGUCCAUGUACGCCUCCUCCUGGUUCCUCACCAUCUUCCUCACCUCCUUCCCUCUGCCCGUCGCCACGAGGAUCUUCGACAUCUUCAUGUGCGAGGGCCUGGAGAUAGUUUUCCGUGUAGGAAUGGCCAUCCUUCAGAUGAACCAGGCUGAACUCAUCCAGCUCGACAUGGAGGGAAUGUUACAGCACUUUCAGAGGGUCAUCCCACACCAGCUGGACAGCGGACCAGACAAGGUCAUCGCGGCUGCUUAUCAAGUUAAAUACAACACCAAGAAGAUGAAAAAGUUAGAGAAAGAAUACACUACAAUCAAAUCAAAAGAACUGGAGGAGCAGGUGGAGAUAAAGAGGUUGCGGACAGAGAACAGGCUCCUGAAGCAGAGGAUAGACACACUAGAAAAAGAAAGUGCUUCCUUGGCAGAUAGAUUGAUCCAGGGACAAGUGACGCGGGCUCAGGAGGCCGAGGAGAACUACCUGGUCAAACGGGAGCUGGCCACGGUCAAACAGCAGAGCGAGGAGGCCAGUGCUCAGCUGGAGCAGGCCAAGACCACCAUCGGGCAGCUCCAGCAGCAGCAGCAGCCGCAUGCGAAGGGAGCCCCUCGGUAUUCGGAGGAGUCCGUCCUUCAGCUGGAGAGAGAGCUGGUGCAGGCCCGGCUGAAGGAGGCAGAGUCUCAGUGCGCUCUCAAGGAGAUGCAAGACAAGAUCCUGGAUAUGGAACAGAGGAACACAUCGCUGCCAGAUGACACCAACGUGGCGCGUCUUCAAGACGAGCUGAUCGGGGUGAAGCUGAGAGAGGUGGAGGCUGUGACCGGCCUGAAAGAGCUGAGACAGCAAGUCCGAGGCCUGGAGGAGCACUGGCAGCGUCACUUGGCACGCACCACUGCUCGCUGGAAGGACAGCCCCAAGAAGAACACCCUGAGCGAGCUGCAGGACGAGCUGAUGACCGUGAGGCUACGCGAGGCCGAGGCCAAUGCAGAGCUGCGAGAGACACGGCAGAGGAUGCUGGAGCUGGAGACGCAGAAUCAGAUCCACAGUAACCAUCUGCGGCGGGCGGAGCAGGAGAGUCGCUGUCUCCAGCAGAGUGUGCAAACACUGACGGUGCAAAAUAAAGACCUGAAUGUGCAACUGCAAGAGAUCAAGCGGAGACGAGCUGAGAUCGAGUGCAAGAGCAAGGAAGAGGUGAUGGCAGUGAGGCUGCGGGAAGCUGACAACAUUGCUGCUAUGGCUGAACUCCAGCAACAGAUCUCAGAACUUGAGAUUCAGAAAGAAGAAGGAAAGGUCCAAGGCCAGCUGAACCACACAGACUCGAGUCAGUACAUCCACGACCUCAAAGACCAGAUAGCAGAGCUAAAACACGAGAUUUGCUGUUUAAAAGGACAGAGGGGCUUGGCCAAUCAGCCCACUUUUGAUGGGAUCCACAUCGUCAAUCACUACGCGGGGAACGACGGGUCUUACCAGUCUUCAGAUGAAGAUGGAGUGAAGGGCCCCAGCCUCCAGGACAGCCAGCUGAGGAGCGGGGGCCGUAUCAGACUGCGCCCCAACCUCGGGGACACCGACAGCGAGGAGGAGGAUGACGACGACGACGACGACGACGAUGACGACGAGGCCCUGCGACUCACCGUACCUCAGAGCCAGAAGUCCACCGUCGUGUGACGAGCCGAGUUGGGAAUGAGGCCGUCGGCUCUCGCUGAGGGAAGAGGAGGCGUUUCAAGCAGCCAUUUCAGAGGAGAAGACUGGAUCUGGAGUUCUGAAUUUCAGAAAGGAAAUGCAUCAUCAUUUCAUAUCACGAGAAUCACACUUACGGAUUUAGUUUGUUUUGUUUACCUCCCCUUUUGUAGUUUUCUUCCAGAGGGCAGCAAACUCCUGUCUGUCUGAGCACCACGGACAGAAGCAGUGUAUGAAACAAUGUGGAGCGUAUCAAACUCUACCGGGCCUCAACGGGGAGGGGAGGGGUCCCCUCCUGUAGGUACAACACAGACAAAGAGACUGUGCAAUAAAACCUUUUAUGCUAUAAAUAUAUCUAUAUUACACACUUCAUCCAAUGUGUUUUUAUAUUUUUAAAGCAUUUUAUAAAAGAACAUCAAACACGUAUUGAUGCCGUUACUACUAAGUGUCCAUCAUGCAGAGGCAGAAAAGUACAAGUGCUGUGUGUGUGUGUAUAUAUAUAUCUAUUGUCUUGAUGAGCUCGGUCAGCGGCCGGUAUCAAAGCCCGCUCGCGUCAGCCAGCGCUGGCUCGACGUAAUGUCGACCUUUUUUGGCCUUAGCACAUGCCGCAUGCCUUUCACCAGGGCUGGUGUACCACGAGGUCAAUGACAGUGUCAUCUGCAUACUUGUAGAUAUGUAAAUGUGUUAUUAUGUUGUUUUUUUUCUCAAUUCCUUUUGAACUUGAAAAUAUGUAUCUAUUGCAUAUCUGAUGUUUAGAAUAUAUUGUAAAAUUCAGAAAAAAAGGGACGUGAGUUUAAUAUGGUAACACGAGUAACAUCCUGUUAAGAGAAAAAACAAACAGCUGAUCUUGACUCAUUAGAAGACUUGAGCUCGCGGUUUUCAGAGCAGUUCUCAGCGCAGAAAAGGGGACAGAUUUAUUUUUUAACUACUGUUGCUGUUGUACUGACUUCUCUGAGAGCAUCCCAACUUUCCUGACAAGUCAAACAUGAGUAUCAGAAGUUUUGUGUAUCACAAAAUUUGCACGGAAAUGGAUGACGGUCCUAUAGGAAACUUAAACUGGGAGAUAACACACAACGCAGUACACUUUCUAACCCAAUCUGCGGAGGAAUCGGGAGUUGUCAAGUGUUACCAAAGUAAGCACUAUAUUCUGUAUUGUGCUCAUCCACAGGCCAGUUCCACUCCAUUUCAUGACCUGGAUGUGUAAGAAUUUCUCUGAAUGUCUGUAUUGAACACUAACUCCCGUGUUCAGUGGAAGUGAACGCAGCUGUCGUGUCCAGGAAACCGACAAAGAUUCAGACUUUUGAGGUCGGCGAUGAUAAAGUCCCUUUGAUGAACAAGUGUUGUUUGAUGGGAGAAGAACACGUUAUGGCACUUUUUGGAGUCUGCAGUGCAGUAAGGACACACAACACUAUGGAAAGCAGUCAGCACACUCUGGAGACUAAAUGAGAUUGUUGUGUGUGUGUGUGUGUGAUGAGUUCACAAUAAAAAACGUUUGAUAAA